CCUGAAUUAAAGUAUUAAACCAUCUUUUCCACACCUUUCUAGACCCAACACAAUCAUUCAAUACCCUUUUGCUUCACUUUUCAACAUUACAUGACAUAUACAUCUUCUUCCUUAUAGUUAAAUAUCUUCUCCCUCACCUACAAUUCAUAUCACACACCUCAAUUUUCUCCAUAUCAAUUUCCUUUCCCAUCAAAUUCCAAUUUUUAAUUUUUUUUCUUUCAAAAUAUAUCUUCCAAUUAAUCACAUAUUAUCAUAUUAUAUAUGCAACCAUGAAAUUUUUUAGUCCCUCCAAUUCCUUCCUUAGGAAUGUUGUGUGUCCAUCCGACACCAUAUUCCUCAAAACCCACAAACUUUCUCAUUUUCUCCAAAACAACAUAAUUCAACACACAUAAUUCAAUAUCUUCACCCUUUUCCCCUUUCCUUAAUUUUCACAAUUUUCACAAUAUGGAUCAAGAAAAAGAACAAAGUUUCAAAAACCCAAGAAACAUAAUCUUCAACAAAUACGAAAUGGGUAAAGUAUUGGGUCAAGGAAACUUUGCAAAGGUUUAUCAUUGUAGAAACCUUUCAACAAAUGAGAGUGUAGCAAUCAAGGUGAUAAAAAAAGAGAAGCUUAAAAAAGAGAGGCUAGUGAAGCAAAUCAAGCGUGAAGUUUCGGUUAUGCGUCUAGUUCAUCACCCUCAUGUUGUUGAACUCAAAGAAGUUAUGGCAACAAAGAGAAAAAUCUUUCUUGUAAUGGAAUAUGUAAAAGGAGGUGAACUCUUCACCAAAGUAGAAAAAGGAAAAUUGAAAGAAGAUGUUGCAAGAAAGUACUUUCAACAACUUAUCAGUGCCGUUGAUUUUUGUCAUAGCCGCGGUGUCACACACCGCGAUUUAAAACCAGAGAAUUUACUUCUGGAUGAAAAUGAAGACUUAAAAGUCUCUGAUUUUGGACUCUCGGCGUUGCCAGAACAACGCCAAGAGGAUGGAAUGCUUUUAACUCCGUGUGGGACCCCUGCAUACGUGGCACCCGAGGUAUUGAAGAAAAAAGGGUAUGAUGGUUCUAAGGCUGAUUUAUGGUCUUGUGGAGUUAUUCUCUAUGCUUUGCUUUGUGGAUAUCUUCCUUUUCAAGGUGAGAAUGUUAUGAGAAUUUAUAGAAAGGCUUUUAGAGGUGAAUAUCAAUUUCCUGAAUGGAUUUCUCCACAAGCUAAAACAUUGAUUUCAAAUCUUCUUAUUGUUGAUCCUAAAAAAAGGUAUUCCAUUUUUGAUAUUAUGAAUGAUCCUUGGUUCCAAAUUGGGUUUGUUAGACCCAUUGGGUUUUCAACGAACGAGUCGAGUAUCGAAGACAACGACACAAAUUUUGAUUUCAUGGAGGAUUUGGAUGUUCCGGAAUUGAUAAUGACAAAACCAUCUCGUCCUUUUUAUAAUGCUUUUGAGAUUAUUUCGUCGUUGUCUCAUGGUUUUGAUCUUAGGAAUUUGUUUGAGACGAGAAAGAGGUUGCCAUCGACAUUCAUAUCAAAAUUCUCGGCUUCAUCGGUUUUGAUGAAGCUUGAGGAGAUGGCGAAGAAGUUGAAUUUUAGGAUAACGGGGAAGAAUGAGUUUGUAGUGAGAAUGGAGGGAGCAACGGAGGGGAGAAAGGGGAAGGUGGCGAUGAUGGUGGAGGUAUUUGAGGUGGCGCCAGAGAUAGCGGUGGUUGAGUUUUUUAAAUGUGGCGGAGACACAAUGGAAUAUGUUAAGUUGUGUGACGAACAAGUAAGACCUUCCCUCAAAGAUAUUGUUUGGAGUUGGCAAGGUGACACUAAUAAUGAUGAUAUAUCUUAAGUUGAUAGAGUUUAUUUUGAUCGAAUGAUUCAAAUUUCAAGUAAAUAUUUCAAAAUAUGUUUAAAUUUAAUUUAUUGUAUUUAUAAUAUGAGUUCUUCUAUUAAGAUUUUCUAUUGCAAAAAUACAGGGGAUAUCUGAAUUUAAGUUGUAUCCUAUGUUGCACCAACAAAAAGAAGUUAAGUGCUACUUUAGAAGCUCUUUAGAACAACAAUCAUAUAGGGUAGAAAUAGGAAAAAGAAAAGGAAGUGAUGGUGAUUCUGCCUUUAUUUUAACGUUUCACGUUAUAUAUUAUCUAAUAGCUAAAUUUAUAAUUUUAGAA